AAACAAGUCUACUCACACUCACAUACACAUGUAGUAUACAUACACACACACACACCCAUUCCCUCACAUAACAAUCAUAUCCUCUUACCAACCAACCAACCUUGCUGCCGAUACCAUCCACGGAAGACACACACACACACACUCUCACUACCCUCAAAGUCACUUUUAGGUCACAGCCACUCCUCACACGUAUCCAAGGAGUCGGUUUCGACUUCCCCAUGGGACUUGGUUCCAACUUAUCGUCGUCUCCGCUCGGUAGGAGCGUUCACCAUUCUUCGAGUGAUUCGACGUUGCGGAGUCCCCCACGGACGACUCGGACUACCGUCCGGCAUUCCACGGCGUGUGCGCGUUCCUCUCCCACCAGCGUUGCUCUGGUUCCGACGACGUAUCCGUCUCCUACUGCUCAUCAUCAACAACAACAACAUCACUACUCCGUCAGUGCGAGUCAUUGCCACCGCAUGCCGCAUCCCCAAUCACCACCACCGCGUUUCUGGCUCCAGUCAUUCGUUCCAUCCUCCUUCUUCUCUUCCUUCUCUUCUUUUUCUCUCUUUUCCGCACGUCCCAUGAGCCGACGAAGACUGCGGAGAUCGCGACCCAACGCUCUGCUAUUGUACAGUCUCGUAGCCUGGGGGACGCUACUCGUCUCGUGUUGGACCAUCUUUGUUAUACUCUCACCGCCACAAUCCGCAUCCGUACCUCCCAAUCCGCUACCACACCAUUCCGUCGCACUCCUGCGGCAGGCCUCCACCGAACUGCGGACAUCGUCAACGGGACAACGGCGUCAAGUCACCACAGUCCAAGUCCCCGACCUGUCCUCCUGGCGCAACACACACGGCGUAGUACACGUCGUACAAACACGCUUUAUGCAGUACCAACCCAACUUGUUGGAUCUGGGUCAUGCCCGUUUGGAAAUAUUCCAAGCCCUUACCCUGCCUUCCGUCCGCGCCCAGUCCUCGCAAGAGUUCCUGUGGCUCAUUCGCACCGACCCGGCCUUGCACCCAACCUUGCGUACCGCACUCUGUCACGUCCUGCGGGACGUCCCCAACGUCAUUCUGGUCGCCUCCAACGAAAACCCCGAAGGCUUCCGCGCGGACGACGCCGUCGCGGACGUCAGCGACGAUUCCGUCUGGGUCGGCCACGCCGACACGGUCCGGGCCUACCACGCCGCGGCACAAACCCACGUUCUGUUGGAAACACGACUCGACGCCGACGACGGCCUCGAAACACACGUCCUCGAGAAUUUGCAACGCCAGGCCGCCACCGCGCUCGUGCACGCACCGGCCGUGGGAUGGCGCGUCUGGUGCGCCUCGAGUCACCUGGAAUACCAACACUACAACGUGUGGGACGCUGGGGACGUCCGGGGAGCCAUUGUGGGGAUCAAAACAUCCUACUGCGUCACUCCCGGCUUGACUUGGGGCUACGCGGUUGGUGUCGUCCCGCACAAGGUCGAAUCGAAACACGAUCGCAUACACAAACGUGUCCCGGCCUGUACGGAGGCAUCGGCCGAGAACGCCCGUGUUACGGGCUGUCUGACCCGCAUACAGAACGGACGGCAUCCGGCCGCGGUGCGCGCGCGGUCGCCCACCAGUGCCGGCAUGGCCAAUCUAAUACUCGACGCCACCAUGACACAAAGCGGCAACGCUGCCGCCACGAUGCACAAACACAACCUACAGAAAUUGCAAAAAUCGCGUUGGAAAACGUUGCAGGACGAUUUGUGGCUCACACUGCCCCUAGUGUUUGGGAUUGUACCUGCACGGGUGUGGCAAGCCCGGGAAUAUCUAGAAGCUCACAUGGUUAAUAUUGUGCGCGAUAAUCUGGCCGGACAGUGUACCAAGGGACACAGUUGCAAGGAAUUGAGUAAACAGGCACUACAAGUUCUGUUGGAUAUGUACGAGGCCGACCAGGCGGAACCGGAACCCGAACAGCUGUAA